ACAGCAAAUUUUUAUAAGAAUCUUAAAUUACUAUAAAAAAUGAUUUAAUUAGGAAAACAUGAAUUUAUUCCGACAAAACUGACUGCGGCACUUUACAGAAAUACGACAAAUAAUAUUCACUUAUGAAAUAUUUGCAAAAUACUCACGAACAUAAUUUAAUAAUAAAACGAAUUGCGAACGAUUUGCGAAUUCUCUGAGAUAGAUAACAUUAAAUUCAAAGAUUUUACUAUAGAUUAUUUUUUGCUAUCGUAUGUAAUCUUAUAAAUAGAACAGGUUAACAAUAACUCGAAAAUCGUUUUCUUGUUUAUUUGAAUAUCUUUUUCCAAAAGUGAGACGAAAGAAUUAAUUAAAUUACAAUACCAGUUUUAUUAUCUAUUAAUCUCGCUGAUAAAAAUAACUUGUACAUUUUUAAUGUAAGAGCAAACAAUAUAAAUAUUCUUACUGAAUAUAUAUUAAGAUGGAAUGAGAGACAGUCUAAAUCGGUUCAAUCAAGCAAGUUAAAUGAAGAUUUUUAAGUUUAUGAGCUACGGCCGAAAUGUGCUAUGCAGGUAUUUAAGUCCGAAGAUACAGAUCAUCAUGAAAAUGCCUCGAAUGAGAUACGAAAAGCAAAGGACGCCGAACAUAGGAAACUUUGGGUCGUUACAUUUACGAAAAUGUUGCAAACGUUGGUAGAUGAUGAAACAACCAUACACCUAUCCACACCGCCCGUAAAAGCAUCAAAUAUCAUCGAACUCGAAUCGUUCGAAAGAGCAAACAAGCAUAAAUCAUAUCACGCUUUAUCAGGCGAAGUGAACACGCACAGUUUCGAGGUGAUUCACGAUGGCUUUGAUCGCAUCAUGUAUUAUACAUUGCAAUGCAUGAGACAACUGUUACCUAGUGUUAACUAGAUUAUCUGUAUCUGUAAUCGCUUAGAAGAGGGAGCACAUCUCACGUAUCUCACGUCGAGAAACUCUUCAAUAAAAGAUAUUUUCUCG